UCCUCACAAGAAUCCUCCCCAAGAGCAUCAGUGACUCCAACUUCAGAGGAAGAUAUUGAGGUGAUGACUUGGGUCUGACACCAAAGCUCAAGUUUGGACCAUAGCUGACCCUCACCUUACCCUACGGAAUUUACUUUUGUUCUGCAAAGAGAAUGUGGUUUCUAAGGAGAAGGGGGUAUCAUCAUUCCAUAUGGAACUUCCAGGAAGGGUGGUAAGGGGACAGAGGAGAGACCCCCAGAAGAUGCUGCUUCUCCUGCUCGGCUGUCUCCUACCUGCUGCCAAUGGGAAGAGCUGUCUCCUCUGCUGGCCAGGACUGCCUGCAUUGAUAGACUAUGAUCUGCAGAUUCUUUGGGGCACCCCAGGGCCACCCACAGAGCUCUCCCAAAGCCUCCACACCUUAUUCCUGAAGGAUCAUGUCUUCAUAGAACCCUGGUAUCUUGAUCAGAACCGUAUGGAAGAAGCAGCAGCCAAAUUAUUCAAUCACAUAGAUGAAGCCAUCAAGAAGUUCCGAGAUAAUAAACCAUCACUUUUGGAAGAGAUUCAUAUCCAGCAGAAGGUGUUUACUGAGAAGCUGGAUGAGAUAUCUGAGGAGCUGAAGGAGAAGGCCUGCAACAAGUCUUGUGACCUACGCUCCACACUGGAGGUCAUGAACUGUGCCAACUGCAAGACACACUUCCUCACCUGCAAAGACCCCACUCUUUGUGCAGGUCAGUGGCAGCAGGCCAUCCUGCCUCCAGCCUGCCCCCACUCCAUCCCAGAUCGCUGUUGUCUCUGUCUGGAUUGUCUUCCUCCUCUGCCCAGCCCCGAGCUCUUCUUUCACUCCAUCCUCACCAGAGAUGAUAGCACCUGCUGGAAUUUCUUGAUGUCAUAUGUCCAGCUUCAGAGCCAUAGAGCCACCUGCUUCUAGGACAUCUCCCCCAGAGGUCCCUCAGGACCUCAAAGCCAGCAUGCCUGGAGACUUGUUCAAAAUCAUCCCCACUGCCCAAAUCUACUCUUCUCUCAGGGCCCCUCUCAGCAAAUGACCCCAUUUAAGUCCUUAGCCUCCUAAAUUGGGAACCUCCCUCUCCCAUACUCGGUACAUGCAAUCAUCAAAUCUUAUUAAAUAAUUCUUAAAUGA